AUGGCUUCUGCGGAAUGGGUCCCGCCGUCGCUGGAAAGCAUCCUCCAGCGAAUGCGUGAAGAAUGCUACCCGAAAAGGAUUCGUCCUAUGGGUACUUUUAGACCAACAUCAACCUAACCUCGCUCUUUUCUUACCAAAAUAAAAUGUUAAGUACUACAUUUCGCAUCAUUUCAUUUUUGAAACUUAUCAAUCGUAAUCACAUCUCUCCCAACAACAAAACUACUUCGCACUACUACAUGCUUACUACAUUUCAGACUUUUUUCGGGAUUACGACAACUUCAAGCGCUAUGAGAUGACUGAAUCGCAGUUUAUGCGAUGCCUGAAGCAAUUAAUGCCCAGUUUGGGUCCCAUCGAGUGGGAGGUCCUUAUCGCAGCAUACAAACUCCCAUCUGGCAUGGUCAACUACAGGACUCUGGUGGAAGAGGUACUGAAUACUUUUUUGGUUUGGAUUUAAGUUCGGCUAUAGAAUUAGCACAUGCAGCUCUUUCAUCUAUGUUGGCUUUGGUGCUAGAAGAGGUUGUACUACUAGUACGAGGAAGUAGAUGAUCAGCAUCAGGAUUAGGCUGUUUCUUUGGUUUCUUGAGUAACAAUAUCAUUAUGCUUGAUUGUGUUAUAACUGUAAAAUGCUAGUAGAAGUGAGGAGAUUCAAUGAGGCUCUAUGAUAAAAUCAAAUCAAUGCUAAUAAUCAAAAGGGUCUGCAAUACCCCUCGAAUGAGUACACUACUACUACUACUACAGAUCGAGAAGAUCUUUACAAAAGCCGGACUUGCUUACGCACCAACAGCAGAGGUGCCAGCUCCAGGAUCUGGCAUGACUAAGGCUGAAUUGCCACCUCUCGACGAACGCAUGCACGCAAUUUUGUAUCGGGUACUUACUACUUCCGUUGUUAGUUUCUACAACUGGUCAUGUGAUAGUCUCAACAGCAUUUUUGACCAUGGUGAAGAUAGUUUUGAAUCGAGGCAUUCUAUUUUCGUAAGUCUUUAGAAGGAGAUAGAACUCUACUACCAGCACAGAACAACUAAAAAUAGGUUGCGCUGCUUUGCCGUACGCGUGCUAUCGUGAUGAAGUACGCUUUUGAGGAUGCGGAUAGAGGACAGUCCACUUCUCUUCUCGUUAAGGCUACCGUUGAAGCAUGCUCAGCAGCAUCCACCUUGGCUCUUUUUCUACUUGAAAAAGGCGCGGCCAAGGAUGAUGCGAACGCGGUAGCUCUAAUCUCGUUCCGCGAAGAGGCGGAAAGGUGACGGAGCCACAAUUUAGACGCUUUUUUCCUUUGAACAAGGACUUUACGGAAGAAGAAAUUACACUGCUCAUCCACCGUUAUAGGGAUCCGGAAGGUAGUCAUGUUGACAUUUAAAUGCUAAAGCUUGUUUGCCGUCGUUCAAGAGUAAAUAUUUUCAAGAGUUGUAAACUGAAUACUUUGACCAGAAUGAAAUCGCUUCUACUAGUACUACGUCAACAUCCUUUUGUUCCCAUGCAUUAUAAAUAUGGAUACUGACAUUCUGUCAUUACAAGCGAUAUUGAUAUUCUAUCAUUUUCUCAACAUACUUCUUAUUUUGUCAUACUUGCCUCUUAUCGUUAUCCCAUUACCAUAUCCACCUCUUACUUAUUAUACCCCUUAUACCAUAUCCACCUCUUAUUUCUAUAAUCCUCUUACUUCUAUGAUCCUUCCAGGCAACGUCAACUACAAGGCCCUCCACGAGGAAGUGACAGAUCCAACAGCCAUUGUGAAAGAUGCGCCAGUGCCAACGUCGAAAUUUAUUCCCCCGCCAGAAACACAAUCCUGGAGCCACGAAAAAUACAAUAUCCUCGAGCGUGUCACAGCAAAGCUUAUUGAACUCAGAAUCAAGUACUGUGAAAUUUUAAUUUUUUACAGAGGACUACUGGAAUUGAAAAUAGACUACUGGACUGAAUAGACGGCUGGAAUUGAAAGUAGACUACUGGACUCUACUACUGAAAACAUACAUAUACAUUUUUUCCUACCAUGACGAACACAAUUUCCGACUAUGACUUCCUACCAUUAAACUGGAAGUAACAAACAAGGUAUGAAAUAAAUCUCCACGAAAUCUACCACAGGCCAAAGGAGUACUUUCAAGACUUCGAUCCUCUGCGAAAAGGGUUCUGCACUAUCGGAAACCUCGACACCGUCUUCGGUACUAAGCUUAUGUGGUUUUAUUUUUCACCUUCGUGGCCUUCCUUGAUGCUAUAUGUCUAACGAUCUAAUUGGAUUCCCAUGAAUUUAUUUCAGGUAUCCUCGGGCUGAAGUUUCGGCCUGAAGAGAUGGAGGAGUUGAAGGGAAUGUACAGGAAGGAGGACUUGAACCUGACCAUGUUCAACUACCAAGCAUUCUGUUAUGGUGAGGAAGGAAGUAGAAUCUAGAAGGACAGUAUUUAUCCAGUUCUUGAGUAAUACGGACGUGAAUACCUCCCGUAGUCACUCAUACAUUCUCUUUGUCUUUAGUUCUUUUCCUUCUAACUCUGUGAGGCUAUCGGCAGUGCCUUCACCUAUGACCAAGUGCACAAAGACCCGUUGGCGACCGUCUCCCUACCAACCAGUGCUGCCACUCUGCCAAGCCGUAGGUCGCGACUUGAGUUGUCCGACGAGGAGAAAGCAAAGAUCGAUGAUAUCGAAUCCAACAUCCGACUCGUUGUGUCGAAGAAACGUACUAUUAGUUCUUCUUUGAUGCUGGUUUGAGUUUGACCUCUAUUACUAGAGAGGUUUAGUACUGUGACUGACUGUUGCUUGUGUCGAGGAAACGUAGUAAUGUAGUUCUUCUUUGCUUGUUAUUUGACCUCUAUUACUAGAGAGGUUUUAUUCUUCACCUCUUGAAAAGGACAUCGAGAAGCUUCUUAAAACGCCCUGUUCGACGUGGAGCAGCACUUUACAGUGCCUUAGACUCAACCUUGAACCUUGAUACUCUAUGUCCUCUGACGUUAGGAAGAUCAUCAAACGCAAACCUCUAUUCGUUUACCCUGUGAUCAUUUUCGUGAAUCCUUUGCGGCGUCUGGUCCUUGUGAUCAACCUUGAACCUUGAUACUCUAUGUCCUCUGACGUUAGGAAGAUCAUAAAAAUCACUUCCUAUCCUAUCCGAAACGCAAACCAAAAAUACAACAGGUAUCCUCUUCGUGAAUGCAUUCAAGGACUUUGACAGGACGAACCAGGGCCACGUAACCGUCGACCAGUUCCAGAGGGUGAUGGCAACGCUGAACUUGCUGUCUUCGCAGGACGAUACACCAUUGAAGUUGCUGGCCAAGAAAUACUGUGAUUUGGGUAUGCACUUGUUGUUUCGCUCAGUAACAUAGUAAUUCCUCUGUAACAAGACUACUCGCUAAUUCAGUUAGUUAAGUUAGUUAACGCAAACCUCUACUCGUUAAUUAACAAGACUGCCGAUUAAGUUAGUUAACCUAACUCGCUAAUUUCUCUCCUUGUGUUUCGCUCAGUAACAAGUAUCUUGUCAUGCUGGAAGAGGAUGCACUUGUUGUUUCGCUCAGUAGCAGUAUUCUGAAUUAAAUUUCAGUAUUGAGGAGUACAACGAACAUAGAGUAGCUGCACGAAAGGACUGAAGAAACUGCGUAAAAGUCUACGGGUACUUCUGAUGGACGAUUUUUACUUUCAUCCCCAAACAAACAAAGUUCUUCAUCUCCAACUCAUCAUGUUCAAUGGGUACACCACUCCCACCACUAUUUCUACUACAGGUUCCCCCAAGUAUUUCAACUACGUUGAGUUCUCUCGAGUCUGCGAACCAGCUGAACCGGAUAUGCUUGCGGGCGCUGCAGAGGCCAAGCUGCCGUAUGAGAAGCCCAUGCCAAGCCGCUACUUCGACAUGACAGGUAAGUGCUACGAUGUCACCGAUGGCCGAUUGAAGGGCGGUGACUAAGUCUACUUGUUCGCAGAGGAGUUGAAGAUGUUACUGAAAGAUGAAUAGAACAAUAGAAGUGGACUCUACAGGAGUACUUGAUUGAGAGUGAUAUUAGUCUUACAUUUUGGAAAUCUACUGAAAUUCAACGAAAAUUGAACGACCAAUAGGUACAGCUUGUGAUUGAAAUAACACUUGUUACGCGCAAAGAACACUAUCAAUAUCAACGUAGGGAACAGAAACAGCAGCUUUGAGAUCAUUGGAAUAUCGCAGGAACAGAAUUCGCUUAUUAGGCUAGAACGACGUGAUUAUUAUUAACGUGCAAGAACAAGAACCGAAUAGUCAAAUUUUGAAAUCUAACGAUAUUGCAUAGUAUGUCUAAGAAAUGAACCACGAUGGUACUACUAGUGUACAAUACUAACACGACAUGACCGAUAACUCUCAUCAACACGAAAAAUUUAUUCAUUGAGGAUUUUGAAGUAGUGCAUCUAGAACCAACCGUUAUUGUAGUGCUAUUAAAAACAGACAUUUCUUUCGCAAUGAACAAGAAACUAGUCAUCAUGUAAGAGGAUAGGAAAUAUGCUAAAAAUGAAAGUAAUCCCGAUUACCGAAUGAAUCUAGUUCUUCAUGCAGCCGGAACUGUAAUGACAACAUGAGUCGUGAACUGCUACGACGCUGUGUAAAGAAUUCAGAAAAAGAAAUGGGGUUCAAAAUGUGUGAAUCCUCGGGUACUAGUUUGUAAAGAAACGUUGGAGCAGAUAGUAAGUCAAAAGAGAU